GUCAUAUCACACUGGGCAUGGGGAUGUGUUGCUAGGAUACGGUAAACUGCUGCUAGUUUUGUGUUGCGUUGAGAGUGGGGAAAAUCCAAACAUUUGAGGAGACGGCGGGGAGCUUUGACGCUUCGUUUCAUUAUCUUGUAUCCUCAAGAGGAAAGCACUCACAAUGGAGAUAGUUCAUGUGUACACCAAGAAGCGCAAUGAGUUUGGGCGACAGUGUAAUUUCUCUGAUCGGCCUGCUGAGUUGCAUGUGGACAUCCUCCCUGAUCCUUCUCUGGCAUCCAACUUCAUUGAGAAAGACCCUUGCGAUGUUCCCAUACAGUGCACACAAGAGAUGUCCGAGCAUGAGGUGAACACCGAGCGCUUUGAGUCAGACACCAGGGGGAUAAACCAUGUGGAGGGAGGCUGGCCCAAGGACGUCAACCCUCAGGAGAUGGAGCAGACCAUCCGCUUCAGGAAGAAAGUGGAGAAAGAUGAGCAUUAUUUCAGCACUAUCAUGCAGCUGGGCAGUAACAUGGAGCAUUGCAUCAAACAAAACAAUGCCAUCAAUAUCUACCAGGAGUACUUUGAAGAGGAGGAGGUGGUGGAGGAGUCCGAGGAGCAGCCCUCAGCCAAAACCAUCAAUGUUUUCAGAGACCCGAACGAGAUAAAGCGCACUGCCACCUGUCUGUCCUGGCAUCCCGAUGGCAGCUGUAGACUGGCUGUGGCCUACUCUUCACUAGGGUUCCAGAACAUCUCUCCAGACAUGAGCUAUGACUCAUAUAUAUGGGACAUUGAGAAUCCCAACAAGCCAGAGAUGACUCUGAAACCUGUCUCUCUACUGGUCUGUCUGGAGUACAACCCCAAAGACUCUCACAUCCUGGUCGGAGGCAGCUACAAUGGCCAGAUCGCUUAUUGGGACACUCGCAAAGGGAGCCAGCCGGUGGAAAUGUCCACAAUAGAGCACAGCCACAGAGACCCUGUCUACAAAGUAAUCUGGUUGCAGUCAAAGACAGGAACCGAUACCUUCUCUGCAUCUACGGACGGCCAGGUGCUGUGGUGGGACAUCCGUAAGAUGAGUGAGCCUACAGAGAGGCUGGUACUGGACCCCAACAAAAAGGGAAACUUGGACAAUGCCUUGGGUGCGAUCUCACUGGAGUUUGAGACCACUAUGCCCACAAAGUUUAUGGUGGGGACAGAGCAAGGGCUGGUGGUCUCCUGUAACCGCAAGGCCAAGACACCGGCAGAGAAGAUAGUGUGUACAUACAGCGGUCAUCACGGCCCAAUCUACGCCCUGCAAAGGAACCCUUUCUUCCCCAAGAACUUCCUGACCGUAGCCGAUUGGACAGCCCGCAUCUGGUCCGAAGACAUCAAGGAGUCGUCCAUCAUGUGGACAAAAUACCAUAUGGCCUAUCUGUCAGAUGGCUGCUGGAGUCCAGUACGGCCCUCUGUGUUCUUCACCGUCAAAAUGGACGGGACGCUAGACGUUUGGGACUUCCUCUUCAAACAGAACGACCCCACCCUCAGUGUAAAAGUGUGUGAUGAGGCUCUGUACAGCCUGCGGGUGCAGGAUAACGGGCGCUUCCUGGCUUGUGGCUCUCAGCUGGGUACUGCCACCCUGCUGGAAAUCUCCCCAGGGCUGUGUACCCUCCAGAGGAAUGAGAAGGCCCUAGCCACUGCGAUGUUUGAGCGGGAGACCAAACGGGAGAAGAUCUUGGAGGCGCGCCACCGUGAGAUGCGUCUGAAGGAGCGCAGCCGCUCGGAGCAGAGCAAGGACGAGGACACCAAGGAGGGCGACGGAGAAGAGAGCAUCGAGGAGCUAGCAACUCGCACGGAGGCAGAGUUCUAUGAGAUAGUAGAAGCUGAGCUGAAGAAGAGAGCUAAGGAGCAUGAAAAAAAGGAGAAAGACGUGUGUGAAGAGAAAGAAGUCUGAGACAGAACACCUUAACAGCACCAUGUUCCACAUGCUGUUUGAAAUGUAAUCUUGAAUCAAUCGAAUAAAAACAGCAAGGCAUUUUCUAUUAAUAGAGAAAUAGACGUUCUCAGUGAGUCAUGCGGAACUCAUUAACAGGAGUGAGGUACUGUUUAAUUAUUGUUAUUUAUAAAUCAUUAUUAGGGUUGUCUUCAUUGAUUAAAGGAAAUGUAUUUUGCUAUGUGUCUUGGGAUUUUGACAUUUGUUUCCUUUGUAGAAAUCAUGAAGACGGGGGGCACAUUGUAUGAAAUGAGUCAUAUGCCAAGCCUCAAUGAAUGUCAGAGAGUCGUGGAUUGUAGUUAUUUGUGUGCAAUUUCAAGAGCACAUUACAGGCUGCACUGUCUGACUCAUUAAUUAUAACAUUGACUUAUUCAAAGUGAGUGCAGUGUGACACUGAAGACCUUGUUGAGGAUAGAGGGAAAGGACCCAUAGAUGGACCAUUACCAUUCCAGAUUUGGGAUGGAGAUGCUUUUGGUUGGUAUGCAGUUUGGUAUGCAGUUUCACCCAAGUACCCCUGACUGCAGUGUGCGAUUCGGGCUGCCCAUGUUUUACCCCAACCAUUUUUUUUGUGCUGUCCAUCUGAGGUUUGACAGUCACACUGAAUACAAAUGUAUUUCAUUUUUGAAGAUCGUUAGAAAUAUUAUAUAAAGUCGUACCAGCAGAUGUGUUGUAACACUUUGCUUCAGGACAAGCUACUGAUAUUGUUGCAGUGAACAACAGACGUGUUAUGUAUGUCAUGUACUGUUAAAAUUGUGUUGAUAAAUGUUAUAACUUUG